AUGACUAAUACUUGCUUGAUACUCCUACCUAACGUGGAAUUCCCUAAUUCCUUGACUGAAUUCAGACCCAUCAGUCUGAGUAACUUCAUCAACAAGAUUAUUUCAAAAGUCAUUUCCACCAUACUUGCAACUAUCUUGCCAAGGAUUAUAUCAGUCAAUCAAUCAGGAUUUGUUAAAGGCAAAAGUAUCUUAGAGAAUAUCAUGUUGUCUCAGGAAAUUGUACAAGGUAUUAAGAAGCCAAAUCCUGGGGCCAAUGUUGUGAUCAAACUUGACAUGGCCAAGGCAUAUGAUAGAGUCUCAUAA